AAGCCAAACAAGACAAGCUGCCGAGUUCUGAUUUCUGUCACUGUAAGUCCGUAACCCCCCUCCCCCCCGCUACCGAGUACGCAGCAGGGAAAGAGAGAGACGAAGUGAAGCUCCAAAUCUGAUCCAAAUCCAAAAGCCCUGAAGAAGGUUAACUGAAGGGAGAGAUCGUUUGUUAUCAUAAAAGAAGAAGAGAGAAGAUGGCGGGAAUUGGUCCCUUGACGCAGGACUGGGAGCCGGUGGUGAUCCGGAAGAAGGCUCCUACCGCUGCUGCCAAGAAGGACGAGAAGGCCGUUAACGCCGCUCGUCGUAUGGGCGCCGAGAUUGAAACCGUCAAGAAGUCUAAUGCGGGGACAAACAGGUCUGCCUCUAGCAGCACUUCUCUAAACACAAGGAAGUUGGAUGAUGAGACUGAGAAUCUUGCUCAUGAGCGUGUACCUACUGAACUAAAGAAAUGCAUCAUGCAAGCUCGAAUGGACAAGAAAUUCACUCAGGCCCAGCUUGCACAGAUGAUUAAUGAGAAGCCCCAAGUAAUUCAAGAGUAUGAAUCUGGGAAAGCCAUUCCAAAUCAACAGAUAAUUACCAAGCUGGAGAGGGCUCUCGGUGUGAAACUGCGGGGAAAGAAGUAAAGGAGUACGUAGGGGAGAGCGGGGAACAAGCUGUUGAGUGUAGGUGUGGUUGUGGCUGGAUGCGACUUUCUUGUGUAGUUAAGGUGCCUUCACCGUCGUUUAGGCAUGUCUGUAAGGAAGAUCUCUGUUGUGGCUUUGUGAGACCAAAUCAAAUGUAUUGUCCAAUCUUCACUUGGCUUCUUUCGACCUACGUUUGCUGUUUCUCCUUUCGCGCCUGGACAAUGUCAAAUGUGUUCUUAACUUUCUUAGUCUUUUGGUACUUGGAAAAAUUUAUCUAUGAAUAAAGUAAUAGCAAGGUCGAAAAAUUUUCUCUGUUGCUGC